AUGGGCAAAGGGCUCGCCAGACUUAUCGGUUCCGGCAUUGGCUUCACCUCUGAAGCCAUUCAUGCAGCCCGAACCCGUAACAAAGACUCUACUUCUUCUUCUCCUUCUCCUACUGCAUCUACCUCAGAGACCCCUCGCUCAAUUGCUGGUUUGCAAAGAGAGAGUGGUAACUAUAUGGCUGCCGAAAACCAGGGAAAUGGUACAUCCACCCGUGAAGACUUCAUAGAGCUACCAAUUCGCGAGGGCCAUCCAGAGCUGGGCAGCGAUAGGGAGCUACUCCCGGAAUAUGAGCUUUCGUCCUACUCACUCGACUCAAAAAGACAGAGCAGAACAACAGAAGCGGAAGACCCACUGGAAUUUGACGAGAAGAGAGGAAGCUAUCCUUCUGUGAUAUCCAACGACUACAAUGACACUGUCGACACCAAAAACGACCGGGAGCGCUCGAUGGAUGGUGAUGAGGCUGCAUGGCAACUUGAUGAAGCAACCGAAGAAUUUGAUUUGCCCAUGUAUCAUCAAUCGGCAUCUCAACCCGGUGCACAAGGUGACCAGAGGAGCUUCGAGAUGGGUGCUGAGAAUGACCCUGAGGAGAUCAACGCGAAUGAUUCCGAAGAUGAGCAGGCGAAAAAGAGAGAGCGCAUGAUUCGCGCACUCGUCGCGAUGGCCGGACCACCACCAGCGCAGCCGCAGCGACUCCCAUACCCUGUGAUUAUUCCUCAGCGCAGGCCCGGCGCUAAGAAGCGUGGAUUUGUGCGUGCUUAUGCGCCUGUUUUGGCCGACUGUGGCAUAAGCCAAGAUGUGUUCCUGAAGUUCAUCAGUGACUUCCAUAAAGCGAGCCAAGCUUCCAUGUGGCUCCAGGUCAUCGUUGUCGCAGCCAACAUUACCAGCUUCUCUCCUUCAUUAGCAGUGGCAUUGACUGCCGCGGCUAUUCAGAUUGUAGCAGACACAGCACAGCAAUUCCAAAUCCGCCACCGUACAAACACCUACCUUGAUAGGGUGAAUCAGGAAAUUUUCAUACCUCGCGGCCAAUACGCCAUGGUCAUGAAAUUCUCAGAUCGGCCUCCUAAGCCCACGAAGGAACAGAAACAGAACCUGAAACAGAAUGCAAGCUCCCUCGGUUCAGAAGCUGAGAGAAUCGGCGGACUCUUCUCAAUGGAGCAGGUCAGCUUCAAUCAAGCUAGUGCGCCAGCAGGAAACGAUUCCAGUCUAAAUCAGCCAACAAGACCAGAAUUUGAUGCCGCAGCAACGAUAUCCAAGUUCACCCACAGCGAAGAGCACCCACAAAUGAACGCAUGGAAGCAGCGCAUGAAGCAUUAUCGACUACAAAGUGGCGCGACUCAAGGCGAGAUGCAGCUACCAGACUGUGCGCCGCUGGUAUUUCCGGAUAUCGAUCGAGCCGCUAUACGGGUAAGGGAUGGCCUGGAGCCGAAGUCAAAGUUUCAGUCUGGAAGAACCUGGGUUCGGGACUAUAUCGACAGAAAGUCACAAGCAUCAUUCGAAGUCGAUCAUAAGGGGUCUGUGGUAGCUGUCCCUGAGUCAGGGCGCAAGGCAUUCACUUCACGCUAUAAUGACCCCAACCACCCGGCGAAUAAUGGAAAUCUUAUCUCGGCCCUUAGCGGUGGCCUGUAUAAGCCAAAGCCAGGCCUGAUUGAACGUGCCGGGAUUGCCAUCAAGGAGUCUCAAGACAGGAAGCGAGCUGCUCAGGGCCUCCCUCCUAGUAUAACGUGGAAAGAAAAAUGGACCAAAAAGAAGAAGGAAAUCGGCAGUCGAAUUAGGAUUCUAAGCGAGGACGUGAUGUAUCUGAUGAUUGUCAACAUGCCCACCGAGGAGGAGCUGAGUGAGUCAGUUGCCAAGUUGCAAUAUCUCGCGCAGCAGGGAGAUCUGGGAAGAGACCGGGCAGGAGGGCCAUCUAUCGGCGUGAAUCCACUCGACGUGGCUGGUGUAGUAACUCUUGCGGCUGCUGUUGCUUCCUAG